CAACACUGCUGCGAGUGACACCAUGCUGAACGAACGCUCCGGCGAGACACGGACUACCGGGACCAACAAGAAACCACCGACAUACAGGAUGAAGAGCAGCUCGCCAAAGCACAUUUUCCUGGUUGCCUGCUGUCUGUGCACUUUACCCUUAAGUUCAGGAUCCCCACAUCAUUACUUUCAAGAUUAUUCUGACGAAUGGGACAAUAACAGUGCAGAGAAUUUGGCUUUGUGUCUCACUCACUUGAGAGCACUUCAGAUACAGCCUCAGAUGACUAAAUUUGUUAUGGACUUUUGCAAUGCCAUCCGACAAAAUGUGCCUAGAACUGGGAGUGAUGAUAAUGAGGCCAUGUAUAAAAGAUUUUUAUUUCAUUACUCCAAAACACAAAGUCCACAUCUGAAAAACACGCUAUCUGCCGUGCAUCCCUUACUGCACCUUGCACCAAAACUUUCGGAAAGAAGAAUGGAUAGAACUCUUUAUUCACCUCAUAAUGGAAGAAAUCCUGAUGUAUACUCACGAUAAAUGAAACAUCUCAAAUGAAGAAAUGACUGGUUUCCAGCUGCAAUCAAUCUCCAUUUUGAAAAGCACCUGAUAAUUAUCAACUGCAGAUGACACACCAUAACUUUGGUUACAUUACUUUAAAUCAUAGUGUUGUAAAAUGUAUCGGAAAACUAGUGAUGUGCUUUCUACUGUGAAAAAUAAAUAUUUCCUACAGCGUUUGCUAUUAUUUAAUAGUGACGUUUGCAUAAAAUUCAUGCCACUGAAUUGGUCAGGUUAUUUUGCUGGUUUUUCAUACUGUUCACUUAGCAUAACCACCUA